CUUACGACAGCGGCCGGUAUUUUGGUUAUAUUGACUUGUAUAAAAGAAGCCUAGAGGGAGCAAAUUUAUGAGUAAGUUGCAAUAAUUUCACGAAAUGGAUAAUUUCUUGCGAGAUCGAUUGGAACUAAGAAUAAAAAGACUUGAUGAAAACUUAAAGAGCGCAGAGGCGUUAAUAUUAAAUUGUAAUUCCGGAACGGAAGUCAUGGUGCAAGAAGUAAUGAAGUUACAAUUAACUUUGAAACAAUCUCUGAUUAGUAUCCAGUCGGACAUUGACAAAUAUAUUGCUACGAAUAAUGAAAACACAGAUAUUUUACGCCCUGCACUCGAGAAGCAAAUAAAAGCAGAGGAACUUCUUAUAGAAUUAGAAUUAAUUCUAAAUAUUCAUUCUAAUUCUCACAAUAAAAUCUCAACAAAAAGUGUGAAACUUCCUAGAAUUGAGCUGCUCAAAUUUGAUGGAGAUAUUCUGAAAUGGACAGAGUUCUGGGACCGGUUCACGGCCAAUGUACACUCCCAAAACUUAGAUGAUGUCUAAAAGUUAGCUUAUCUGAUAAGUUUACUGGAAAAGGAGGCCAAGGAGGCAGUCCAAGGCCUAACAAUGACAAAUGCUAACUACCAAGUGGCAAUAGACACACUUAAGAACAGAUACGGGAGUAAUCAACAAGUAAUUGACUCGCAUUAUGAAGCACUAAAUAGAACUAGUCGCUGCGAAUAUACAGCCGAAGACUGUAGGAAGACACUAAAUAAAAUCGAAAACCAUCUAAGGGUACUUUCAUCUCUUGGCGAAGAUAUAGAGAAUAAUUCGUUUCGUAGUAUUAUUUUAAACAAAUUCCCCGAAAAAGUAAUCUACGAACUUAACCUAUUAUCAGUGGAUGACCAAACAAUAGCGGGGAUCAGAAGUACAUUAAACAAAAUUGUGGUGGCAUUGGAGAAGUCUAAGAUUACAUUGCCUCUACAAAAGGACCAUACAGCCACCACAGAUGCCUUAAUUUCAAUAGAAAACAGACCCCGAUACCACAGAGGGAAAAGGAUACACACCCAGACAACAUCCCUCCACAAAAUGGAAUACACACCCAGGAACAACAAUAGGAAAAGACCAGCUAAGUCUAGUACUGACAGUGGAAUAAAGAAAGCCAAGUUGAGUUGCAUAUUUUGCUCGGGGCCACACUUUAAUGAUGAAUGCCCAUCUUAUAAGACAUCUGAAGAUAGGAAGAAAAAAAUAUCAAACCGAUGUUUUAUGUGCUUGAAGUUAGGGCAUCGUGCUCAUGAAUGCCGGAGACGUAAAAAAUGCUAUCACUGCAAGGGUAACCACAACCGAGCCCUAUGCCCAAAGAAAGAACCAGACUGCGACAGCGCAGGUGGUUCACAAAACCAAGACCCUAAAUUGUAGACUCCUUCUUGACUCCGGCAGUUCAAGAAGCUAUAUUACCACGGAUUUGGCGAAACACCUGGAUUUGACAUUAGCAAAUGUAGACUCUUUACUGAUAUUUAUUUUUGGAGCCGAUAAGCCUAAUGAGACUUUGAGUCCUUGCACGGAUAUUACUAUCAAGACAAAAAGAGGAAUAGAAAAAAGUAUCCAUGUGAAUGUGGUUCCUCGCAUUACUGAUAGGAUACCAAUACAAGACAUUCCUAAAAUAGAUAUUGUGGACAUACCAGCAGAUAGUUACUCAAAUGGUCAAUCAAUAAACAUGCUCAUUGGUAAUGAUUACUAUUUCUCCUUUAUUAGGAAUAACAAGAUACAGAUUGACACUGAUCUUUACCUAGUAGAUACAGAUUUCGGAUGGAUCAUGUCUGGACAUCAUGAUAAGGACAAUCAAGAGAAUGAUAACAUCUUAGCAGUUGUUACCUACUACCAGAACAAUAUAGGAUGUAAGUGUUACACAGAACCUGACCUCCCUUUAAGACAGGCUGAUGUGAAAUUCCUCUGGAGUCUGGAGAACAUUGGAAUAACUGAUUCAGUAAAGGCCACCAGAGAAGAAAUUGCAGUUCAACACUUUAACGACACUGUUGUGUAUCAAGGAGGUCGUUAUUAUGUAAAGUGGCCGUGGACAACAUAUCCACCAGACGUGCCUACUAACUAUGGCCUAGCAUAUGGCAGGCUCAAGGGAUUAGUGCAACGAAUGGAUAAGCCUACACUACAAGAAUAUAACGAGAUACUGAUGGAACAACUACAGGCUGAGAUAAUAGAAGUUGUUCAAGUAGACUCCAAUGUCCAAUGCCAGUCUGUGCCUCCGAUUAACUACCUUCCGCAUCACAUUAUCAAGCAGAGCGCCAAGCGUGGGCGUAUUGUGUAUGAUGGCUCAGCAAGAUUAAAAGAUCAGCAAAGCCUUAAUGAGUGCUUAUAUAGAGGACCUUGCAUGCUUCAAGAUCUGACGGCUUUGCUCUUGAACUUUCGAGUUUAUAAAAUAGGUAUAAUAGCAGACGUCGAAAAGGCUUUCUUGCAAAUUGGCCUACAGGAAGAAGACAGAGAUGUGACAAGGUUCCUAUGGCUAAAGGAUAUUAACAAACCAUUGUCUGAUGAAAACAUACUACACUUAAGAUUUUGCAGAAUGCCUUUCGGAAUUAUAUCAAGUCCUUUCUUACUAACGGCUACCAUACGUUACCACAUUUCUCAGAAGAAUAGUGAGUUGCUAAAAAAGGUAGCAAACAAGUGUUAUGUUGAUAAUGUUGUGACUGGCACUAACACUUCAGAAGAAGCUGUUCAAUUAUAUGAUGAAACCAGAAAAACAUUUGAAGAACUUUCAAUGAACCUAAGAGACUGGACAUCAAAUGACGAAUCUUUUAUUCAGAAGGUACCAGAAGAAUAUAGAGCAAAAGAGACAAACGAAAUAAAAGUCCUAGGCCUGCUGUGGAAUAAAAACCAGGAUGUGCUCACAUUGAACAUAAAUAAAGAAGUUUUUACCUAUGGAUCCUUAGAGGAAGUGACAAAAAGGGAAGUCCUACGAAUAUUAGCAUCAGUAUAUGACCCAUGUGGCAUAGUCUCUCCAUUACUCGUGCCAAUCAAACUCUUUCUACAGGAAUUAUGGAGAAAUGACUAUAAAUGGGACUCGCCACUGUCACAGGAGCUAUUACAAAGGUGGAAAAGAAUUGAAAGUAACCUAGGUGAUAUAAAAGAGGUUAAAAUACCACGAUAUGUUGAAUCCAAUGUCAGUGAAGGAUCUGAAAAUGAAUUACAUUGCUUUGCAGACGCUGCUAAAGACUCUUACGCAGCAGUAGUAUAUUUAAGAUCAAGCAAUGGUCUCGAAGUAAAGACAUCCUUUUUACUAUCAAAAAGUAGAGUUGCACCAUUGGAAAAGAAAAAUAAAAAUGGGAAGAAGAAUGAAAGAAAACUGACUAUUCCACAAUUGGAAUUACUUGGUUGUGUAAUUGGAAACCGUUUAUUGACAUACCUGAAAGAGACCAUAGAGUUACCCAUUGAUAGACAAUACUUAUGGACAGACAGCUUAGUGGUUCUCAACUGGAUUCACUCGAAUAAGCUUCUACCACCUUUCAUAGCCAACAGAAUAGAAGAGAUAAAGAGGAAUGUUGGAUUAGAGACAUGCUAUGUAAAUACAAAAGAGAAUCCAGCUGAUAUUGCAACCCGACCUGAGCUUUGGAUCCAGAAGAAGAAUGUAUGGCUAGAAGGACCAGCUUUCUUGUCCAAUGAUAAGAGUAAAUGGCCAAAGGAUAUUCACCUGGACAGCCAUCAAGAAGUAGCAUCUUUUCCUGCAGUAUUAGAGGGUCUGAAGGAACAGUCUUCAAAUAAUGUACCUGUAGAACCUUCAGAGAAUGACAUGCCUGUAGAACUGUCAGAUAAUGACAUACAGGUAGAAUUUUCACAGAGUUACAUACCUGUGGAACCUGUUAAUAAUGAUGAACCAAGGCCCGACCAGUGUGAAGUAAGAUCUCAAGUUCAGGAGAUAAAAAACCUGCAACAAAGAUUCUUUCCCGAUGAAAUAAAAGGCAAAGCGACAGACCUCAGUAGAAAUCUUGAGCUAUUUACAGAUGUUGACGGACUGUUGAGAAGCAAGGGACGAAUGAUGCAUGCUAAGUGGUCAUACGACAUGAGGUAUCCGAUUCUAUUGCCUAGAGACUGCGAAUUCACAAAGAAAGUAGUACAAGAAAUACAUGAGAAGAAUUACCACGUAGGAGCACCUCAUACUCUCGACCUAGUCCGCCAGCAAUUCUGGAUUCCAAAAGGAAGACCGGUAGUGGAGAAAAUACUAAGAAAAUGUACUCAAUGUGUAAAGCACGGUGGUGGCCCGUACCCACUGCCUCCAACACCGGCCUUACCUGCAGAACGUGCCAAUUAUAGCACACCAUUCACUUAUACUGGAAUUGAUUAUUUUGGACCUGUCUACAUAGAUACCGAAAAGGGACAGCAAAAGAGAUGGAUAUGUCUUAUGACGUGCUUAGCAGUGAGAGCCAUACACAUGGAAGUCGUUAAGAACUUGACUGCGGAUGAGUGUAUUAUGGCACUGAGGAGGUUCAUAGCUACAAGAGGUGUACCAGUAACAAUAGUUUCAGACAACGCAUUGUACUUUAAAUUGAGCUCUGAAAUUCUGAAGAGUGAACACUGCGUCAAGAAUAACAUCAAAUGGAAGUUUAUUCCCCAACUAGCGCCAUGGCAUGGUGCAUUCUAUGAAAGAUUAGUGGGGUUAGUGAAGCAUUGUAUGAAAAAAACAUUGGAGAAGCUGUUACUGAAUGAAACACAACUUCUUACUGUCAUUAAAGAGAUUGAGGCUGUUGUUAACAGUCGGCCUUUGACACGAGUAGGCCCUGACAUGGAUAUAGUUCUUAGACCAUGUGACUUUCUAUCUCUAGGACGUUGUCUAAAUUUGGAGAUAUCAGAGAAUUAUAGACCUGACCAAGCUGACACUCAAGUGAAACAUAAUGUGUUAGACAGUUGGAAAAGAGGUCAGAACAUGUUGAACCACUUCAAGAACAUGUUUAUAAACCAAUAUUUGAUGAGCCUAAGAGAAAGGUAUCAACACAGUCACAAGCAGCCAAGAGUAAAAUCGCACAAGGAGCCAAGUGUUGGAGAUUUAGUUCAGAUUAAAGGCGAGACUAGCAACAGGAACAACUGGAAGGUUGGCAAGAUUGUCCAAUUAAUAAGAAGUUCUGAUGGAUACUGUAGAGUAGCACAAGUUAAAGCAGGAAACAGCAUCUUCAAACGGUCGAUUGGACACCUAUAUCCUUUAGAACUGGAACAUCCACCUUCGGCACAGGGAGAUGUUUCUACUGAGACCAGGGAACUCCAAGAAAGAGCUCAAGGCUCUAUACCAAGUGAGUCCGAGACAAGUCAAACAAUUGAAGUACCACAAGAGAACGAGCAAAUUGAUAUUAUGAAGGAGAGACAAGUUAGUUCAGAGGUAAUACCUAUCCAAUGUAUAGAAGAAGAGAGAGGGAUUACUGAUGAUGGUCCUAAUGAGAGAGUAUCCACAACACCACCACAACCAGAACAAGGAGAAACUAAUGAGACUUCUCAUCCAAUGGAAGAUGUAAGUCAUGAAACCGAGAUAGUCAUGCAAGAUGAGAGUCAGCCACGAGAGGAGGUAGUGAGACGAGCCGCUGCGAUACGGGCAAGAGAAAAGAUCGCAGAGUGGACCCGUCAACUUUUCGCUAUUCUAUAAACAAGCCUCGUCGUUGGGAGUGUCGCGAAUUUACGCGAUUCUUAAUAAAAGGUGAGUGACAACCUUUAGCGUGAGAUUUUGACAUUGGUAACACUGUACAGACAAUUUUGGCGGGAGAGAAAAAUAACUUGACAUUC